AUGUGCGUGAACGCAUUCCUAUGCACACGAUGCGAAGAGAACUUGUACGCCACUACUGACAUGACCUGCGAGGCCGAUUGUCCAAAUGGAUUCUAUGGGAUCGGGGUGAAGCCCACGGGGCGACGGUGCCAAAGAUGCAAGCCACAUUGCAGCAAGUGCAUCGAUGCAGACGUUUGCACAGAAUGCUCGAAUCGAAAGUUCCUGACCCAUCUUGACACUUGCGAAAGCAUUUGCCCAACCGGUUACUACCCAGAGGCACCCAACGAGAGCCAGCCCACAGGUGGUAUUUGCUUCCCUUGCCCUCCCAACUGCGUUGCUUGUGAAUCAGCAGAGAAGUGCACUGUCUGCAACAACAACACUUACCUCACUGAAGACUGGAAGUGCAGCCUGAGCUGCCCAGUUCACUUCUAUGGUGAUGGUACGAAAGGUGUAGGCCGCAGCUGCAUGAAGUGCGGGGACGACUGCGCCAAGUGCGCUGGGGAAGAUGUCUGCAUCGAGUGCAAGAAUGGCAAGUUCCUUGCACCGGAUGGAGACUGCGAGCAGAGAUGCCCGAUUGGAUAUUACCCAUCUACGCCUGCGGGCAUGCUGGGCGUAGGUGGAGAAUGUCUGCCCUGCGCUGAGAAUUGUCACAAGUGUACAGGAGCUCAUACUUGUUUGGUGUGCAGGCAAGAUUCUUAUCUGACCAAUGCAUCUCUAUGUGUCGAUGAAUGCCCAGUUGGGUUCUAUGGUACAGGCAGCGGAGGGUACAUGCGAACCUGCCGGCCUUGUGCUGAGCAUUGCACUCAAUGCAUAGGAGCAGAGAAUUGCACCGAGUGCAUGGACGGCAUGUAUCUGACACCCAGUGAAACUUGUCAGUCGGACUGCCCUGACGGCUUCUAUGGAAGCGUACAGUUGGGAAAGGCGUCUGGUACCUGCGAACCCUGUGCUGCCAACUGCAGCACUUGCAUCAAUUCUAUGGUGUGUACAGAAUGUAGAAACUACCAGUACCUGAAUGGUGCCUCCUCCUGUUCAGAGUUGUGCGACCGUGGGUUCUACUACCACAUGCCUGACGAUACUGGAGGAGUUGGUGGGAUGUGCAAGGCUUGCACCAAUCAUGCGAGCACGUGCAUUAACGAGACGUUGGCCACGCAGUGCAAGGACAACAUGUACUUGUCCUCUUACACAUGGCAGUGUGACAAGGGCUGUGCAGCGGGGGAAUACCCUGUUGAACCCAUCAAUGGCAUGGGUGGGGAGUGCAGGCAGUGCAACGACAAUUGCAGCUUGUGUACAUCAUAUACGUCUUGCACCCAGUGCCAGCAUUUCACGUACCUCAAUCCAGAUGAUUGGUGCAGAGACACAUGCCCGCCGGGUUACUAUGCAGAGAACGGAACAGAUGGUGUUGGCACAGAAUGCAACAGCUCAAUGUUCCUGUCGCGCUCCGGAGAGUGCGUUGAGCAUUGUUCUGAUGGAGACUUCGAGUUGGGAUGGGAGGACCGCGGACGGACCUGCCAGAAGUGUCCGCCUGAAGUCAGCAGGUGCAUCAACGCAUCCUUCGCGACAGAGUGCAAGGACUCCCUGUACCUCACUCCAGGUGGGAGGUGUGAAGAGACCUGUCCCCCAGGAUUCUACGAGCAUGGGGAAAACGAAAUUGGACGAGUAUGUCCUAGAUGCGCUCAAAAUUGCAGCUUGUGCGAGGAUGCGCACACGUGUACGGAAUGCCAGAAUGCACACUUCCUCACUCCCUGGAACUGGUGUGAACUCGAUUGCCCAGUGUCGUACUACAAGUCCGGGAAUGAGGACAUUGGCAACACUUGUGAGAAAUGUCAGACACACUGCCGGACCUGCAUCAGCGAGUUUGACUGCACUGAAUGCGCAGACAACAAGUACUUGACGCCCGGCAGAACCUGUGAAGGCUCUUGCCCGGACAACUUCUUCGAGUUUGGUCUUGGAGAAACAGGAAGAACAUGCCCUCCCUGUGAAACAAAUUGUCACAAGUGCGAAUCUGCCACUCUGUGCACUGAAUGCAACAACUCUUUGUAUUUGCUCGAUGGCGACUGUGUCUCAGUCUGUCCGGAUGGCUUCUUCCACGAGGGUGAGGAAGACCGGGGCCGCAUCUGCAGGGAGUGCGACAGCUCAUGCUCCAAAUGCAGCGGCUGGGAUGUAUGUCUGGAGUGCUCCAAGGCUAUGUACCUGACUCCAAACAGUACCUGCCAAGCCCAGUGUCCUCCGGGCUUCUAUCACAAUGGCACUGGCGACUUCGGAAGAACUUGCCCGAUAUGCGCGGAGAACUGCAGCUUGUGCACGGAUGCGAACACAUGCACUGAAUGCAGGAAUUACACAUAUCUAACCCACGAUGAUUGGUGCCAAGCAAAGUGCCCACAUGGCUACUACGAACUUGGUGUAGAGGACAUCGGCGGGGUGUGCAAGCCCUGCUCUGAGAAUUGCCGCGACUGUGCCAGCAAGUCGGUUUGCUUGGAGUGUGAAAACCGGAAAUACCUGGAUCCCUCAAGCUCCAGCUGCAAAACUUCUUGUUCUGACGGUUACUUCGGAAAGCCGGGGACGGACGUCAUUGGCCGCGCAUGUGAUCCCUGCCCAUCUAGCUGCAACACAUGCAACACAGGAUCCGAAUGUACACAGUGCAAAGAUUUCACUGCGUUGACACCAUUCAGUACCUGUGAGAAGCAGUGCCCGCCAGCAUUCUAUCCGAAUGUCACUGGGGAGAUUGGCGGAAUCUGUGCCCGCUGCCACGACACAUGCAACGCCUGCGAAUCAGCUGAUGUCUGCACUCAAUGCAAAAUGCACUUGCACUUAUCUCCUGAUGGCAAGUGCCUGGAGAUAUGUCCGGUCGGCUACUACCCUCUGGCUGGUGUUGGUGCCCUUGGGGGAACUUGCCCGCUCUGCUCCGAGAACUGCAGCCAGUGUGUCAAUGCUACGGUGUGUACAGAGUGCAGGAACUCCACAUUCCUGACGCCGUACUACUCCUGCGAAGCAUCUUGCCCACCGGGUUACUUCGGGCACAGCGAUGGGGAGAUUGGAAGCACCUGCAAGCGCUGCCCUGCGGGAUGCAAUCUCUGCGAAAGUUUAGAGGUUUGCACACAAUGCAAAGACCAUAAGUUCUUACAGCCGGAUGGAACGUGUGGAGAUGUGUGUCCGCCUGGCUUUUACAUGCUUGAGGGCACCGGGGUGUUCGGCAUAGGAGGGACGUGCCCCCUUUGUGCCGAGAAUUGCAGUCAAUGUCUGAAUGCGACCGUCUGCACGGAAUGCAGGAACAGCACCUACUUGACUCCUUUUGGCUGGUGUGCUAGAGAUUGUCCGGCUGGAUCGUACAAGCUGGGCAAUGUGACUGUCGGACGUACCUGCGCGACAUGUCCUUCAAGCUGCAAUACCUGUGAGUCAGACACAUACUGCACGGAGUGCAAGAAGUCCACAUACUUGACGAGCACGAAUGACUGUGAGGCAACUUGCCCAUCAGGCUACUUUGCAAAGCGUGCCGGCAAAGUGGGAGGGCACUGCGAGGAGUGUUCUGCGAAGUGUCGAGAAUGUGUGAGCGAAGGUGUCUGCACCAAAUGCAUUGAGCCCUACUUCCUGGCCCCAAGUGGUGACUGUGUCGAGAGGUGUCCGGAUGGGUAUUUCCAAGAGCACUUUGAUGGUGGCAUCUGUCCUAUGUGCCCAGAAAACUGCGCGACCUGCGACAGCAGGGAGAAGUGCACAUCAUGCCGCAAGGGCACCUUCAUGACGGAGUACCAUCAGUGCAGAUCGAUAUGCCCGGCAGGAUUUUAUGGCUUGUUCGGAAGCUGUUACACUUGUCCAGACACUUGCAACUUGUGCACAUCGGUCUCUGAGUGCACCGAGUGCAAGGAUGGCACGUACUUGACGCCAAGUGGCACUUGUGAAUACGCCUGUCCUGAUGGUUGCCACGCACGUGGAGAAAGUCCAAUUGGCAGGUUCUGUUCGAGGUGUCCCUGGACCUGUUUGACUUGCCUUAGCGACGACGAAUGCACAUCAUGUAAGAAUCAUUCCUGGCUCAGCCCUCACAAGAUGUGCGAUUUUACUUGUCCUGACCAUUUCUACAAAGAUGGUGAUGAGGAAGUCGGCAAUGAAUGCAAGAUGUGCCCCGGGGAUGCGAGCAAGUGCAUAUCCGCAAAUUACAUGAGUGAGUGCAAAAAUGGGAAAUACCUGACACCGGAUGCGAAGUGCGAAGACUCCUGCUCGAAGGGUUAUUACCCGGCUGGCUUGGAGUCUUUCGGACGAACCUGCUCAGCAUGUGCACAGAACUGUAGCGCCUGCGAAGAUGCUACGGUGUGCACGGAAUGCAGAAAUGGGAAAUACCUGACUCCAGCAAGAUGGUGCCAAGACGAAUGCCCUGCUGGAUACUACCACAGUGGCACCGAGCUGGUGGGACGUAAAUGCCUGCCUUGCGAUGACCUAUGCAAUCUUUGUAAUUCUGCAGAUGUUUGUGUGGAGUGCAAGGAUGAUUCUUUUCUCACUGGGUCGUCAAAGUGUCAGAUGACAUGCCCUGACGGAUUUUGGGGAAAGCCUGGUAUACAAGGUAUCGGAGGUGUGUGCGACCAUUGCCCACAUACAUGCCACACCUGUUUGGGACCGAUGGAGUGUACAGUUUGCAGGGACCAGUUCUAUCUACAGGAUGGGGAAUGCUUGCCCACUUGUCCAGUGGGUUAUUAUCACGUGGGCGACACAGAUGUGGGUCGCGUUUGUGAACAUUGUCCGGCGCAGUGCAAGAGCUGUGUUGGUGAAGAUGUGUGCACAGAGUGUCAGGACUCCUUGUAUCUGACUCCCGCAUCGACUUGUGAAUCUUCAUGCCCCGAUGGGCACUACAAAAACUAUGUUGGCAUUGUCGGAAGCACUUGCCCGACGUGCCAGGAGAAUUGCAGUUUGUGCACCAACGCAACCUUCUGCACACAAUGCAGGAAUAGUACUUACCUGACUCCUGAUGGAAAAUGUGGCCCAUCCUGUCCUGAUGGCUACUUCCCUGAGGGUGAGGAUGAGAUUGGCCGCGUGUGCAAGCCGUGCGCAGCACCUUGCAACAAGUGUCUGUCUGACACUCAUUGCACACAGUGUCGGGCAUCCACAUAUCUAAACCCGCUGUCCAGCUUCUGCGAUGACACGUGUCCUACGGGCUUCUAUGAGGAUGGUAUUGCAGCGGUUGGCCGAACAUGUGAGCCUUGCGCGCAGCACUGCGAGAAGUGUGAGUCCAGAUCCGUGUGCACAGAGUGCAAGAACAGAAAGUAUCUCAUGGGCCACUCGUGCGCAGACUCCUGCCCAGAAGGCUACUACAAGCAGGGCAUUGCAGCCAUUGGCAACACCUGCCAAGCCUGCUCCAAGGACUGCAAAAGCUGCACAAGCCUCGAGCGCUGCGAAGAGUGUGCCAAUUCGACCUACCUUACAGCCAGUCAUCGAUGCUCCAAGGAGUGCUCCUCGGGCUUCGUGGAAACUGGCGAUCAAAGCACCGGCCGAACUUGCGAGGUAUUGUGCUUCUGGUGCCAUUAG